GAGGUGGGCUUGGAAGCAAAGAAGCGUAAGCUAUGCAACCAGCACAGGAAAGAACAUCACCAAGGUCCUCAUCGCAAACCGAGGCGAGAUUGCCUGCAGGGUGAUGCGGACGGCCAGGAGGAUGGGGGUGCAGUCGGUGGCGGUGUACAGCGACGCGGACAGGAAGGCCAUGCACGUGGACAUGGCCGACGAAGCCUAUGCCAUCGGCCCCGCCCCCUCCCAGCAGAGCUACCUUUGUAUGGAGAAAAUCAUCCAGGUGGCCAAGACUGCCGCUGCACAGGCUAUCCAUCCUGGAUAUGGUUUUCUUUCAGAAAACAUGGAAUUUGCCGAACUUUGUAAGCAAGAAGGAAUUAUUUUUAUAGGUCCUCCUUCAUCUGCGAUUAGAGACAUGGGUAUAAAGAGCACAUCCAAAUCCAUAAUGGCUGCAGCCGGGGUCCCCGUGGUGGAAGGUUACCACGGCGAGGACCAGUCAGACCAGUGCCUGAAGGAGCAUGCUGGGAAAAUCGGUUACCCUGUCAUGAUCAAAGCAGUCCGUGGCGGAGGAGGAAAGGGCAUGAGAGUGGUUAGAUCAGAAAAGGAAUUUCAGGAGCAGUUAGACUCAGCACGGAGAGAAGCUAAGAAGUCUUUCAAUGAUGACGCCAUGCUGAUCGAGAAGUUUGUGGACACGCCAAGGUGCCUAUGCUUGCCAAGGAGAGACAGAAAGGGAGAGGGAGAAAGCACCCCAUGGCAUGUAGAAGUCCAGGUGUUCGGUGACCACCAUGGCAAUGCCGUGUACCUGUUCGAAAGGGACUGUAGUGUGCAGAGGCGACAUCAGAAGAUCAUCGAGGAGGCCCCGGCGCCUGGUGUCACCCCUGAAGUAAGAAAAAAACUCGGAGAAGCUGCAGUCAGAGCCGCUAAAGCUGUAAAUUAUGUUGGGGCAGGAACCGUGGAGUUCAUUAUGGACUCAAAGCACAAUUUCUACUUCAUGGAAAUGAAUACGAGAUUGCAAGUGGAGCACCCGGUUACCGAGAUGGUCACAGGGACUGACUUGGUGGAGUGGCAGCUCAGGAUUGCAGCUGGAGAGAGGAUUCCUUUGAGCCAGGAAGAAAUAACCCUGAAGGGCCAUGCCUUCGAAGCCAGAGUAUAUGCAGAAGACCCUAAAAGUAACUUCAUGCCUGGGGCCGGGCCGUUGCUGCAUCUCUCGACCCCUCCAGCAGACCUUUCUACCAGGAUCGAAACUGGAGUACGGCAAGGAGAUGAAGUGUCAGCCUAUUACGACCCCAUGAUUGCCAAGUUGGUGGUGUGGGCUCCAGAUCGCCCGGCGGCCUUGACGAGGCUGAGGGACAACCUUCGCCAGUACAACAUUGUCGGACUGCACACCAACAUCGACUUCCUGCUCAGCCUGUCCAGACACCCAGAGUUUGAGGCAGGGAAUGUGCACACCAACUUCAUCGCUCAGCACCGCAAAGAACUGCUGCCUGUUCGGAAGGCUGUAGCCCACGAGCACCUAUGCCAGGCAGCCCUGGGUCUCAUCCUCAGGGAGAAGGCUAUGACCGACGCUUUCAGCCUUCAGUCAGAAGACAAGUUCUCUCCAUUUUCAUCUGCCAGUGGAAGAAGACUAAAUACCUAUUACACCAGGAACAUGACUCUUAAAGAUGGUAAAAAUGACGUAGCCGUAGCGGUGACGUAUAACCGUGACGGGUCAUACAGCAUGCAGAUUGAAGACAGGACGUUCCACGUCCUUGGUGACCUCUACAGUGAGGGGGGCUGCACGUACCUGAAGUGCUCUGUGAACGGAGUUGUUAGCAAAGUGAAGCUGAUCGUCCUGGGGAACACCGUUUACCUGUUUGCCAUGGAAGGGAGUAUAGAGAUUGGCACUCCAGUCCCGAAGUACCUGUCCCCGGCGAGUGCAGGAGGUGCUCAGGGCGAUGCCAUCGCUCCUAUGACCGGGACCAUCGAGAAGGUUCUGGUGAAAGUCGGAGACAGAGUCAGAGCUGGGGACUCUCUGGUGGUGAUGAUUGCCAUGAAGAUGGAGCACACCAUUAAGGCUCCAAAGGACGGCACGGUGAAGCAGGUGCUCUGCAGGGAGGGCACCCAGGCCAGCAGACACACACCGCUGGUACAGCUGGAGGACGAGGCUGGCAAGCAGGGAUCCGAGUAAGCCCCAGCCCAGAAGCGGCCAACCGAGUCUCGUCGCUGCGCCAAAAGGAGACUGUGCCUCUUGCUUUUCUUGUGGCUCUUAUAAGCGGCUCUUCCGCCACCUGUGUGGCUGCUAAAACCCUCUCAGAUUUGACAGUCUUGUACUUGGGUCACAAAAAUAAAAAAUUAUCUCAAAGUA